GUAAACCAAAAUAAGAUGGCGAACAUUUGGACUAUCAGCUGCCAACAGCGUACCACCCGUCGUAUCAUUUCUUUGAUGAACUUUUCUCAUAUUUAUCACAAUUUAAAAAUAAACACAAAAUAAGCUUUAGAUUCGUGCCAUAUGUUGAGUAAAUUCUAGAUCAUACACAUGUCUGGUAUAAGGAUUCAAGGGAAGUAACGAGGGACUGGAAAUAGUUGAGACAAAGCGUUGAAAAAUCCAUAGACAAAAACACGAAAAAGAAUACGCUGAGUUACAUUCCGUCUUUUUAUAUAACUGUAAAUUGCGUCAAGCAGCCGAGUAUACAAAGAGAGAAGAAUAAAUAAAACUAAUAUCGCCGAAAGUGAGAAGCCUGCAGUGAGGUUUAGUGAUUGUUGAACGGUGCGGUUGAAAAACGACGAUGGAAUAUGUGCAGAUAAAAGAUAUACGGCCAGGGCAGAAAAACAUAAAUGUGGUAUUUAUAGUUCUGGAGGUUGGCCACCCUACAAUAACCAAAGAAAACCGCGAAGUACGAACGUUCAAAGUCGCGGAUAGCACGGCGUGCAUGAAUGUGUCGAUUUGGGACGAACCCGGUCAGCUUCUGGUGCCCGGUGACAUAGUUAAACUGACGAAGGGCUACGCCUCGGUGUGGAGGCAGUGUCUUACCCUCUAUUCGGGUAAAAAUGGUGACAUACAAAAGAUCGGCGAAUUUUGCAUGGUCAUAAACGAACAGUUGAACAUGAGCGAACCAAACCCCGCUUUGGCCCAGCAGCUUGUCAAUCAGGGGACAGGUUCCGGGCCCCCGUCAGCGGGUAACGCGAACAAUGCCAUAACGAACAACGGGAACGCAAACAACGUGGCCGCGGCUCCUGGAAGACAAACGCCGACGACGCAGAGCAACGCGACGACUCCAGCAACCGGUGGCACGCCGGCGAGCAGCUCGACGACGGGGAAAGCCGGUGGAAACGGCGGCGGAGGCUCGGCCGGUUUACCCGGAGGAUCGGCGAGAUUCUCCGGUGAAACGGGCUCCAAGUCUUCGACCACCGGAAAAGGCGGAUCGCGUGGUCGUGGGGGAUACAGGAACGGGGGGAGGAGCGACCGCAGAUAACAUAUUUCGAACCGUCAGAACAAACCGCAGUUGACGAUUUGUUUCGAGUUUUCUUUUUUCAUUUUGUAAAAAUUAAUAUUAACACUAGAGUAAUUAUAACAAUAACGAUAAUUAUAGUUGUAAAACGAAGUAUGACAUAUGAAAAAAAAAAAAAUUGUUAACAGGGAGACGUUGAGGGAAAAAAAAUUAAGCGAGAGGCAGAUGAUAGGGGAGAAAGUGUGAAGAUAAUUACGUAAAGAAUAACAUUGAGGAACAAUUGUGCGAAUUUCGCUGGUAUAUGUGUAACAUAUUAUAUGUACAUUGAUGAUACAUUUUUACAAUCAUAUAAAUGAUAUUUGUGUUACUGUAUAAAAAGAACAUGUGAAAUAGUAGUACAGGAAACAAAUUCAUUGAUUAUUAAAUUAAUACACAAAUUUUUACUCAAACUGUGUGUUGUAUAAUGUUGUUGUAUACUUUUGUAGACGGUAAUAAUUUCAUUCCGAAAAUAUUCAAUACGU